GAGAGGAGAACAGGGGAGGGGACGCUAGGCGAUUGAUUGCUUGACUGUGCAAGCGUUGGUUGGUGGGUUGGUAGUUUUUAUCUGGUCCUGCGGGCUUCAUGGUCAUGGUUAUAUCACGUUCGUUGGUUGCUGCGGCCACCGUUCGCGGGGGCGGUCGCGCCCUGCUGCGGAUCGGGUCGGCUUUGCGGUCGACUGGCCUUGUGCAGCCGUCUGGACCGAUUUUAACGCGUGGUGGUCGACGCUGCCUCACCUCUUCAAUCCCGCGCCGUGGCCCCUCGCCUGGGACACCGACGCCUGGGGAGGGCUCUCCCGGCGAGAUUAGUAAUCGCAGCAUUCUUCGCGAGAUGCUUCUCUUCUCCCCCUUGUCCACGCUGGCGGGGAUUACAAUUGGUGGCUUGGGAGCCACCUUGGCUGCCAUUCUUUACUUCUUGCACAUGGGCGACGUUGUCAAUGCCAAGGAAGUCUUGUCCGAUCUCCGCCAGUACCGCCUGGUGCUUCAGCACAUGAGCGAGACGGGUCUCGUCGAUCCCACCGAGGCCGAGCGACUCAGCCAGGCUGCCACCAUGACGGCUGAACAAGCCACCCGAGUCACUGAGGCAAGCCCGUCGACAGGAAGUGGUGGCGUCCCCACCUGGCUGUCCGUCCCCGUGAGCAUGCUGGCCCCCGCCAUCUGUUGGACGCUUGGCUUUCUAGUGACGUCCUCCAUCGCCUUCACUCGGGCGCGGGUUCGCCUGCGCAUGCGUGAACACAUGCGCCAGGUCAACUUUUCCCUGACCAGCUUUGAUCGACAGAGCCGCCUGCUCAAGAUUCGCACCUUGCAAGAGUCCACCAUGGACGUCGUUCUCCCCGACAAUCAGGCCGCCGUCGAUUUGGUUCUGGACUGUGCGCGGCGCACCAGCUCGGCCCAGCCUUUUGUGGCGUUGCCCAAGCGACAACACUUUUUGAUCAUGAACAGCUUGCUCAACAUUGUCGCCCCAAAGUACUCCCACGGCUAUGUCCGCGAAGACAUGGGCUUGCCCACGCACUCGGCGCUCUAUUGGAUUGGGCUGAGCUUUCGCUAUGAAACACCAAAGGCCCGCAAGUUGCGCGUCAUUGUAGCCAGCGAUGAGCUCUUGCGCCGUGUGCAACUGGGAGAAGAAAUGCCACACCUCGAGGAUGCUUCUCAUGACAUUCGCUGGCAGACCUUGACGGUCAUGGCCGACAUUUUGAAACAACAGGAGGCCGGCGAAGAACUCUGUGGACCUGGAAAGAACUGCAUCAUCAAACUUCAUCCCAUUACACUUUCCAUCCCUGCUUACGCCGGUGAUGUCCGCCCAGCUCCGCUGGCAUGAAGAAUUGAGACGACAUUCUGGUC